AUGGCCGCCGUCUCUCAUGAUCGUAACCUGAUUGUGGAAGCCAAAGACGACGUAAGACUGAAAGGAAAUGACGACACUUACUUCAAAUCUCUCGCGUUUGACGUCUAUCUGCCACAAAAACAUCUGAAUGACUUGAUGGAUGAAGAGCGUUGGUUACAAGACCCUCCAGGUGGUCCAGGGAAAUGGGUCAAGCCUUCCGAAGAACCGGAGGUGACAAGCAGCGAUGAGCGUGGUGAGAUAUCACUCUCAGAACAAUUCGCAGAUGACGAGCAACCACAAGAGCCCAUCAAGGUCUUCACCUUGGGUUGUUGCGAUCGAAUGUUAUGGCUGCCCCGCGAGGGAGCAGUGCUGACAGACGGGUCACAAGAUCCUCCUAAUGAUCCAGCACUUGAAACAGGAUUUCGAGUUCCUACAGAAGCGGUCGUCGACUACAAAGUUCUUACUCGAGCAUGCAGAGAGGCCUUGGGUAUAUCGGAGAAUGAUCCGCUCACCCUGGGCCACGAUAUCAAUGCAAUGGUAGUCGGAAUUUCUGCACUCGACUGCUCCCCUGUGAUCAUGCAGAGACACGAACCGGACCGAGGGGGUCAACAAGACACCGCUGAUUCAACGGAUCAAGUAGUCGAGAAAAGUACACCACGCGCAGAUCAGAUCAAGGAUGACAAUUCCCACGUCACCCUAACGUCUUACCCUUCAGGCCGCUGUUGUGGAACAAGUAUUAUUUGGUUUCAAAAUGUACUCAUACCAGGCAACCUCAAGCACAUCAAAAAGGGACUGUGGAAUCACCUGGAAACGAGUGAGAAGCAAAGGUUCCUUCAGAUCAUGAAGCGCGAACAUCUCAAACUCUUCGAGCGACUCAGCACCUCUUCAGUGGCCAGAAUACUCCCGUCAGCAGAGGACGAUGAGCACAGGCCUAAUUUACGCAGGCCGAUACAUGUAUCUCGCGAUGGCAGCAUUUCCGAGGAUUAUCAGCAUCUUCACUACAUGCUGAGGUGGCCUCCAAUGGCCGUACUGAUGUUCCCACCUGACAUGGUUGUCGAGGUCACCAAUUUUCUUGACAAAUACAUCUCUGACAUAGUUCCAUUAAACAUUGCUCUCGCAGCCAUUGUCAUAUUCUUUGAUGAAGAAAAAGGGGGCUGGGAAAACGAAUGCUUUGUCACCAGCCUUUCAGGUACACUUCAGGUCCCCCGAGUCAGCCUGUCAGUCUUUGUUCUGUACUUUCACCACAUGCUGCGAUUUGUUGAGAACAACCAUUUGACUGCCUUCAUACACCCGGCACGGUUUGCUGAAACCAACUACGAAGAGGACAAGAAUAAAUUCCACGGAAGCUUUAACAUUGAGAAAGAUGUUCUUGACGAACGCACCAUGCGUCAGUGGUAUACUGAGAUCCAAUCUCGGCGUCACGAUGUCUCUGUCGAAAAGAGAUACACUCUUAUUCCUUCGUCGAUGCCUGGCUCUGCGAUGGUUUUCCCCAGUAGCUAUACCCCAUGGGAAGUCGAACGACCUUCGAAAAAGCUGUUUGCUUUGUGCUUGCUGGACGACAUACGCACAUUCGGACUUCCCAGUUACAACUGGAGGGCCAACAAGUACAUCUUCUUGUGUGGGCCGCGAUGCUUGUUCAAAGAGAAGCCUGAGCCUCCACAUCGGGUCUUGGAAGGUGUUCCUAAGUCGGGGUACUGGGUACCCAGCCCUUCUCGUUGCUUGGUGGCAUUGACAGGUCGUGCAAGGAGUGUCGGGCCAAUUUUUCAGGCCAUCACUCCUGGCCACGACACAAAGUUAACAGCCGGAACGAGCAUUGACUGGUUUCAAAAAUCAGGCGGAGUUGACCUCGACAUUGUCCUGUCGACUCAAGUGCGCAUAGAGGUUGCCCAGAAGAUCGAUGCACUUUAUCGCAUCGCCGCUUGUUUUGACAUUCCACGAUCUGAGAUCAGAACAUGCCGCGUGACGCUACGUCCAUAUUGGGAUUCGAUGGAGGACAACAUAAAGGAACUCCAGAAAAAAGGAGAAUUGGCGUCAUUUAUUUACAACACAAAGGUCAUUCGCGAGGCCAAGCCUGACCUCCCUUUGCCUCCUGCCAAACGCCCCAGGACCAAAGACAGCGAGAACAGCGCAAACCGAUCAUGA